UCAAAUUUCUAGAUGUUGAUAAUUAGCUCAAUUAUUUGAUUCGAUUGUUCACCCACUAGAAUUAUUUAAUUAUUGUCCGCAAGUCAUUAGUGAUACACUGACACUGUAACCCUUGGCAUUAUUUCAUUACGAAUUUACGAUAAGAAGACAAGAAAAAUCAAGCACAAGUUGUGUUUCUCAUACAGAACUCAAGGAUCUUCUCGCAUGGGUUCUCUUGAUUUGCCUUACGCUUCAUCGUUCAAGGGAGGAAGUGAAACAUUUCUCCAGAAUGUGUUUGAAAGUAUACUGAAAACGUAUUUGAGGAAGAACCCGAUGGCGAAGACGAUAUGGGAACUAGUUAAGUCGGUGGACAACGAAAAGAUCUCUUACGACCACUUCUUUUUCAGGACAUUUAAGGUUGAUGGUUACGGAAUUGAUUCCUUGUCAAGUUUUUUCAUGGAUUAUGGAUAUAAAGUUGGAGGCAGACUUGAUUUUCCAAAGAAGAAAGUACAAGUUCUCUGGCUUUCUCCUCCAGAUAUUCACGUCCCCGAUAAUGGUUAUGGUAUAGGCAAUGGCCCUUUGCCACGACUUGUUAUAGCUGAGCUUCUUGUGGAUGAACUAAGCCAUGAAUCACAGGAGAUAAUAAGGAAGUAUUUGAAACCGGAAGGUGGUAAGCAAGCGGUUCUUUCAAGUACUUUGGGCUCUAUAAUUUGGGAGAAGCCAACAUCCACCGAUUUCAAUCAACUUGCUAAAGAAAGCGAAUUUGCGGCAUGGACACUUGUCCACGGCUACACAAUGAACCAUCUUGCUUUCGCGGUUCAUCGUCUUAAACACCGUUUCAGCGACAUCAAAUGUGUCAAAGAGUAUUUUGAAGAAAAUGGAUUCGAACUCAACAAGGAUGGAGGAGUUCUCAAAGUGAGUCAAGAUGGUCUACUGUUACAAGUGUCGGCUAUGUCAGAGAAGCUUGUGGUUGAAUUUGCAGACGGAGUAACUCAAACCGUCCCCGCUUCAUACAUUGAGUUCGUUGAACGUCUAGUUCUCCCACAGUUCAAAGAUAUGCCGCGUGAUGAGAUCAAAGAGCUUCAUAGACGCGAGGGUUUAGAGCAAGCUAGCGCCUACCACAUAAUGGAAAGCACCCGUUUCACAGCAUAAGUGUAGAACCAGCUUGUCUUGUUCAGCUCAAUAUGUCAAGUAUGUGUACUAUUUAAAUGUUUGUAUGUUAUUUUGGACAAUUUGAGUGUGAGAUCUUUAUGUUCUUCUCUUGUGAAGUGACGGUAACUUAAUAUUAACCGUUACCGACGAAUAAUGGAAAACAAAGUGUCAUGUCAUUCAUGUAAAAUCUUUUGAUACUGACGUGACACUUGAUUUUGGUGACUCAACACCUCUUGGUGUUGAAGACCCACGUGCCCUUUAUGUUCCUUUACUUAGUGUCUU